CGUAGCCCCGCCCACAUUCACGUCGAAAUACGAGUUGGAGCAGAGGAAGCGGCGAGCGAGCCGAGUGCGGCGAAUUUUACAUUUGACGAUAAAAUACCGCCAAGCUUUUCAUAUUCUACCCCCUAACCGAUAGCGACCUCGACUGAAACGCUACUAUCACAUCGUUAAGCACUUGACGGUGACCAAAAAGGAUCAUGGAUGAGCUCCAGGACGUACAGCUGACUGAGAUCAAGCCGCUCCUGACCAAUAAGAACGCACGCAACUUUCAGGAUUUUGACUGUCAGGAGCAUGACAUUGAGACUCCUCACGGCGUUCUUCACGUGACAAUGAGGGGCAUUCCCAAGGGCAACAGACCCGUCAUCCUCACCUAUCACGACAUCGGCCUCAACCACAAGUCGUGCUUCAACACCCUCUUCAACUACGAGGACAUGCGGGAGAUCACGCAGCACUUUGCGGUGGUCCACGUGGACGCGCCCGGCCAGCAGGAGGCCGCGCCCCCCUUCCCCAGCGGCUAUCGCUACCCGACCGUGGACGAGUUGGCGGAAAUGCUGCCGUCGGUGAUGACUCAGCUCAAGGUCACCAGCGUCAUCGGCAUCGGCGUGGGAGCCGGAGCGUACGUCCUCACCCGCUUUGCCCUGAACAAUCCCACGCUGGUGGAGGGCCUGGUGCUGAUCAAUAUCGACCCGUGCGCCGAAGGCUGGAUCGACUGGGCCGCUUCAAAACUGUCCGGCUGGACCAGCAACCUGGUCGACAUUGUCAUGGCUCAUCAUUUCAGCAGCGACGAGCUGAGCGAGAACCAGGAGCUGAUCCAGACGUACCGGCUCCACAUCGCCCAAGACAUCAACCAGGACAACCUGGCCCUCUUCUGCGGCUCCUACCAAUAUCGCCAGGACCUGGAAAUCCAACGGCCCAUCGUAGGUUUGAACGAGAGCGCCGUCAACACGCUGACGUGCCCCGCUUUGCUGGUGGUCGGUGACACCUCGCCCGCCGUGGACGCCGUGGUGGAAUGCAAUUCCAGGUUAAACCCAACCAAGACCACCCUGCUGAAGAUGGCCGAUUGCGGAGGCUUGCCCCAGGUUGUGCAGCCGGGAAAACUCGCCGAGGCCUUCAAGUACUUUGUCCAGGGAAUGGGCUACAUCCCUUAUGUCCUUCUCAGUCACCUGAGCAACGAAUCAGUGCCCACGGCGGGAAUGACUCGACUGGCUCGCUCGCGCAGCGCCUCUUCCUCCAGCGCCACCUCCAUGGACGGCAGUCGCAGCCGCCACAACUUGAACAGCCUGCUGGAGAACGAGCGCCGGCCCGCCCCCCAGACCAUGGAGGUGUCCUGCUGAGGCCGCCGCCCCCUCCGGGCGCUCCCUUCGUAACUUCCGUGACCGCUCGUACGCUCAAUUGAAUGCCCGCAGGUUCCGCAAGGAGCCACGUGACUUAGAAGAUGAUGUAGUAACUCCGUAGAUCCCCAAACUGAAACCUCUUGUUCACUCUUCUGUAGUUAAAAGAAAGACAUUCCUUAACCGUUUGGAUGUCGAGUAUAUCCGCAGGUGACGGCUCGCUCACCUGACUUGUAUUUAUUGUUUUUCACCCAUCUGGCGUUGCUUUUGUCAUUGUAUGCGACACCGUCGAAAGAUGCCGCCUCCAUGAAGUGCGAGUCGCCCUUGAGUUGGGGACUGCAAAUGGCUGCGAUGGGAUGCAGCGCGCGUGUAAACGCCCACAAGUGCUUAGCCUUAAUCGCAUAACUGCCCAGGUACUUUUGAAUUUUUUGGGGGGGGGGGG